UGAAGCCGCGAUGUUGCAUCUAUCUCCCUCAUUCAGUCUCCACCGCCGACCGUUAGCGACACUACCCAGCCAUCGCCGCCUUCGACCACCCGCCGCUCUUCGAGAAGGCUCUCACUAGUGUUUGGUUGAAAAAUGGCUUCGUUUGCUUCCACCGAGUGUUCCCUUCCCCUCCCUCAAUCGCGCCUCUCUUUGCCUACGCAGCAUAAGCAUCAUCAUGGCAAUGGUGGUUGCAGUACUUUCUUACAACUUCAACGUGCUGCUACUCACAAGUCAAAAUCUCUCUCCUUUACCGUUUCUGCGCAAGGAACGAUUCCUCGCGUUUCCGUUGAGAGGAAUGACCGCUCGUCUUUUGUAAAAACGUCCGCAGUUCGAUAUCUGACAGGAUCUGUCACCAGAACUCAGGGUCUUCGCUUUGCCGUGGUUGUAGCACGAUUUAACGAGAUUGUGACAAAGCAACUGUUAGAAGGAGCGUUGGCUACAUUCAAGAACUAUUCUGUCCAAGAUGAAGACAUCGAUGUUGUAUGGGUUCCUGGUAGUUUCGAAAUUGGUAUUGCUGCAGAAAGGCUUGGGAAGUCAGGAAAAUAUCAUGCAGUUUUAUGUAUUGGAGCAGUGAUUAGAGGUGAUACUUCCCACUAUGAUGCUGUUGCUAAUUCGGCAGCAUCUGGAGUUCUUUCAGCAGGUUUAAGUUCAGGAGUUCCAUGCAUAUUUGGUGUUCUGACUUGCGAUAACAUGGAGCAGGCAUUAAAUCGAGCUGGUGGGAAAUCUGGCAAUAAGGGUUCCGAGACUGCUUUGACAGCUAUUGAGAUGGCAUCUUUGUUUGAGCACCAUCUGAAGUGAGAAAAAUAUUGGGGACCAUUGGAUGUCAUGAAAUGAUGCCUAGUUUUUUUCUUGUUUUUCUUUCCCUCUCCUCAGUUAGACGUAUUGUUUCGUUUUCAACUGCCAGAAUGUCUCUAUGUUGAGUGAGGGACUUCCAAAGGGUAGCCACAUCAUCCCAAAGAAUAAUGAGUAUUUAUCGAUUGCUUUGCUGCACCUCGAAAGAGCCUUAGUGCUCUAACUGCUCAGACACAGGAAAAGAUGUAUGCUUGAUGUUUAGAAUCAGAAAUUAUCUUUUACACGGCUCCCUUUGCUUUUUUUUCGGAUAUAAUUGUCAUCUCUCUCUUUUUGCAAAGAAAUAAAAUUCAGAGACAAGUACAGACCAGUGUGUAACGCAUCUAUUGUUAAAAAAUGGUUGCAUUUUCCUGCCUUCUGUAAUUUGUUCUCAAUAGUCCUUUAUAUGAUAUGCUGCUUUUGUGUUU